CUCUCUCUCUCUCUCUCUCUCUCUCUCUCUCUCUCUCUCUCUGCCAUAACCGUCCUCUCGCUGAUGUAUCAGCAACUAGGCUGACCCUGUGAAAACAGAGCCUGAUCAAAAUGAACUCUUUAUCCUCCGGUUUCUUCCUUUGCUAAGCACCUUGUUUGCUUUCCGUUUGUUUCAUGCCUCCUCUCGGUCUCCAUCUCUGUAUGCGCAAGCUAUUUCCCUCUUCCAUAGAAUAGUCAAAACUAGAACUUGGAUUGCAUUUGGCUUUACUCCGAAUCGAUGGCAGCAAAAGACGCAGAUUUCUCUCCUCACAAACUCCCCUCUCCUUCUCAGGUCGUUGAAGAGCUAAAAGAACUAUUAGCCAUGGUGUUCCCCAUCACGGCCAUGAACUUACUGGCCUUCGUCAGACAAGUUGUGUCGGUCCUGUUCUUGGGUCGUCUCGGAAGCCUAGAGCUCGCAGGAGGAGCACUGUCCAUCGGCUUCACCAACAUCACGGGCUACUCUGUUCUGGUCGGCCUCGCUUCAGGGCUCGAGCCGGUCUGCGCUCAGGCCUACGGGAGCAAGAACUGGGACCUCCUGGCCCUCUCCCUCCAACGGAUGGUCCUGAUCCUCCUGAUCGCGAUCGUUCCCAUCGGCCUCCUCUGGGUCAACCUCGAGCCCAUCAUGAUCUUCAUGGGCCAGGACAGGGACAUCACGGCCAUGGCCGCCGCGUACUGCAUGUACUCCCUCCCCGACCUUCUCACCAACACCCUCUUGCAGCCCCUGAGGGUGUUCCUCCGGUCCCAGUGCGUCGCCAAGCCCAUGAUGUACUGCUCCCUCGCCGCCGUUGCCUUCCACGUCCCGCUCAACUAUGCGCUUGUGGUCGGUGCGGGGAUGGGCGUGCCAGGGGUGGCGGUGGCCUCGGUGCUGACGAAUGUGAACAUGGUGGGGCUGAUGGCUGCGUACGUGUACGUGUCGGGGCGAUGUGAGAUGCAGUGGACGGCCGGGAUGAGGCGGGUCUGUGAUGGUCUGGUACCGCUGAUGAGGCUCGCGGUGCCAAGCUGCCUCGGGAUUUGCCUGGAGUGGUGGUGGUAUGAGAUUGUGACAGUCCUGGCGGGAUACUUGCCGAACCCCAUGGCCGCGGUGGCUGCCACCGGGGUUCUGAUCCAAACUACCAGCAUGAUGUACACUGUGCCCAUGGCCCUAGCUGGUUGUGUUUCUGCCAGGGUAGGAAACGAACUCGGAGCUGGCAAGCCAUACAAGGCCAAAUUGGCAGCCCUGGUCGCAUUGGGAUGUGCAUUCAUUAUGGCCAUCAUCAACAUCACAUGGACGAUCCUCCUCAGAGAGAAAUGGGCAAGCUUCUUCACGAAAGACAAGCUGGUCACCACGCUGGUUGCUUCCGUCAUGCCCAUCAUGGGCCUCUGCGAGCUCGGCAACUGCCCCCAGACGACCGGGUGCGGCAUCCUGCGGGGCACAGCGAGGCCCGCUGUGGGUGCCCGCAUCAACCUGGGGUCGUUCUACUUCGUGGGCACCCCCGUGGCCGUGGGGCUGGCCUUCUGGCUCAAGGUGGGGUUCAGUGGGCUGUGGUUCGGGCUGCUCUCGGCACAGGCGGCAUGCUCUGUGUCCAUACUUUACGUGGUGCUGGGUCGCACCGACUGGGAAGGCGAGGCCUUGAAGGCGAAGAAGCUAACCGCCGUCGAGAUGGGAUCCUCCAAUGGAGCGGGAGUGGAGGGUGGUGGGUGUGAAGAGGCUAGAGGGUUGUUGGUGAAGGGAGAUGAAGUGUAAAGACACACGAGCUCUUUUGGAGGAGUGCGGUUGGAAAUAGGAAUAAAAAAAAACAACGUUUUUGUGGGGAUGGUAGAUGUCUCCCAGGUUGUUUCUUUCCCUUUCGUAAGUAACUUUUUGCCUGGGCUAAGACUUGAUCUGUAAUUGCACUGGAUAUAUUUGAUCACCCCUGAACUUAGCGACUCCUUAGAUGUGGAAGCACACAAGCCUGCAGACUUGAUGUGAGAUAUUUGGAUGAACCUUGGCAUCAUUGCAUGGAUUGAAGGCAAUUUCGUGUCUAGACCUUGUCAAUAAUGGAUUGAAUGAACCAUGGUUUGCAGUGGA